UGCUGCAAGAUAUAGCUGUGUAAUAGUGAACCCAUACAACAGUGUACAGUGUAAUACGGUUAUGAGAUGUGUUAGGCUACGUCACGGCAUCAUUGAUGGUGGAGCGAUGUUGAAGCAUAGCACCCCAUUUUCCAUAAGGUUGAAUAAUUCCUCGCGCCAUGCAUUUUUGUGACAGGCUUGCGUCUCCCAGCUUGCUUAGCCGCUGCCCUGCCAGAUAGACUCGGCCCAUUGCGCCGAAUUGCCGUCCCGCAGCCAGUACGGUCAUAAUACUUAUUUACCGUCGCCCAAUCCCCUGCUACAAUGGGGACUCUGCUAUUUUCCCUUGCGCCGCGUGAAGAAGUGAUAAAAUCUGGAUACAAUAUAUGAAUUUAUUCGCUUUCGCCUUCCUGGUACACGCAGGCACCACAGUAACAGUUGCGACCGGAAGCAGCGCCACGAAGGCAACACGAACGCUGCUUCAUCAAAUGGGGGCCAUUCGCGCGCCGCGGGCGGAGCUGUCCGGUCGUUCUUCACCGUCUGCAAUCGAUGUGGUAGUGAGCCAACUACAAAUACAUUGGGCCGCUAAGAGCAACGGUAGAUAGCAAAGCUCGCUUGAAAACUUGUUGCACUAAGAAGUGUCGUGGUAGCCGAGGAGUAGGUCGGUGGCCGCACGAUGUUAUGUUCUUCCUCGUCCUGCGCUAGAUGAAAAUACACGCCGGCAGAGCAGUCUUGUCGUUGUGCUAAAGAUGGAAAUCUAUGCGGAGCAGUGCUCGGUCCCCUCGUGCAACAAAGUCGAUUUCUUGCCCUUCAAGUGCGACGCUUGCAACCAGCUGUACUGCUUAGAGCACCGGUCGUAUGCCGCCCACAACUGCACCGCAGCUAGCAGCAAGGAUUUUACUAUCGUGGUAAGUGCAUCACGAUACUAGCGGUACAUUCAACUACAUCGCAGGAAUUUCCUCAUAACUUCUUUUGUUUUCGGUGCGGACUUCAACUUCUUUUUGGUUGUUGUUUUUAUAGAAAGAGGUUCGAAUUUGAUGUUCUUUGCUAUCGCAAAUUAAUAGUCUCGUCACAACCACUACCACUCGAUUUCGAAUCUUUCAAACACAAGAAAUGCUGGAUAUCAACAACAGGUAUGUCCCGAUUGCAAGAAGGGUUUGCGCGUGGCGGCCAGUGAGCGAAAUCUGGAAGGGAUUCUGGAGAAGCACAAGAAGACCGAAUGUCCUGGGGCGCCAAAGAAGCAGGCGAAGUGCGCGGUCUGCAAAACCAAGCUGAACCUGACCAAUCGGUACGAGUGCCCGAAAUGUGGCAAGUUGGUUUGCUUGAAGCACCGAUUCGAGGAGGAGCACGACUGUAUAUCACUGCAAGACCAGCAGAAACCGAGCAGCGGGAACCGAAAACAGGCCAACAACCUGGUAAAUGCAGGCAAACCUUCUACCGGGCGAGCGCCAGCACGCACCGGUGCAACUACGACCAGCACGAGUGAUGGCGGCGGGAGGAAGAGAAAAGGCCUCUUUGGGUGGUGCUGCCCGGUGGCGGACCGGAACGCGACGCCCGUGCAAAACGUCGCACACAGCAGCUCCAGGAACGACGUUUGA